AUGCUCAUCAAGGAGUCCCACGUUGACGUGCCGACAAAGGCCGACGGGAAAGAGGGUUCCAUGAGAAUCUUUCUCUUUCACCCCUCUAUCCCCGGCUACCCCAACGCGAAAUUCCCGGGCGUCUGCGUCUUCUCUGAGAUAUACCAAGUCACCGGCCCCGUCGCCCGCUUCGCCCGCCAGAUCGCCGGCCAGGGCUACAUUGUCGCCGCCCCCUCAUCCUACCACGACUUCACCGGCCCGGAGGCCCUAGCCUACGACGUGCCCGGAACCGACAAGGGCAACGCCUGGAAGGUCGAGAAGACGCUCGAGUCCUACGAUGAAGACUCCCGCCGCACCGUGGACUACCUCCUCAGCCUCCCGACCUGCACCAGCAGGAUCGGCAGCACGGGCAUGUGUCUGGGCGGCCACCUCGCCGUCCGCGCCUCCCUCGAUAAGAGAAUCACCGCCUGCGUGGCUUACUUCGCCACGGACAUCCACAGCCGCACCCUCGGCCCCCACGACGCCAAGAACACCUCCGCCACGCCGCCCCCGGGCAGCGCGCACACCCUCGACCAGUUCCCGACCCUCGCCCACGCCGAGGUCGCCAUGAUCUUCGGCUGCAAGGACACCCACGUCCCGCCCGAGGGCCGCGACCUCAUCCGCGCCAAGCUGCGCGAGGCCGGCGUCGUCGCGGGCUUCUACGAGUUCCCCUGGGCCCAGCACGCCUUCAUCCGCGACGAGCUCAGCAAGGGCCGCUACGACCCGGCCAUCACAAAGGUCUGCUUCGAGAUCCUGCUGGAGCUCUUCGGCCGCACGCUCAAGCUGGACCUGGGGCCCCAGGAGGGCGUUGGCGAAGUCGAGCACGUGUGCUGA